UUCAAACUGAGGUUUAGAGAAUUUGUGGUGGGGAGAUGCAAAGGGCUACAGCCAAUCAGACGCUCGCCCCUCUCGCCCGCCGCCCUAAGGUCCCGCCCUCUCCCCCAUCCAAGGAAAGGGACUUUGGGUUAGGGAAGAGGAUGGCGGGGCCUCCUGAUCGGUUUAGCGCUAGCGGGGCUGGAGUUGGAGGGGUUGGGGAAGGCGGGCCCCUGAAACGACACCCCCGCCCCCAGUCUCCACACCACUCGAUAGGCUCCCUAGCCGGGGCGGGGUUGGGGGCGGCAUCCCCGCCCGCUGAGAGGCUAGGACCUCCGGGAUUCCUAGAGAGGACUCGGAAGUGUUCUCGGGGGUGGGAUUUGCGGUUUAAGCUUGGACCCGCUUACUUCCGGCGAGGAAAUGUUGGGCGUCAGUGUUCUCUCUGUUCUUAAGAGGAAUCCCAUCUUGCACGCUUUGGAUUCGGGGAGUUUUAUCUUUCAGGAGAGCUCUCCUAGACUGGAAACUUGAGGGCAGUGGGUAGGGAUUUGGUUCGGACAGGAGUCCUAUCCCCCACCUUGACCAGGCCCGUCUGUAUCUUAGGGUCAGGAACGAUUCCGAAGGAUCCAGGUCCAAUCUCUUAACUAUAAUCACUCUGCUCCUCUUAGGGACCAAUGAAGUCUCCUUCUGGUCUGUCAGGAUAGGGCCAGUUAUGACUAUUUUAAUGUUUUCCACCCCUAUUCUGACUUAAGUUUGGUUUGUGGUAGAGAGAAGAAGCGACGCAGUCUGGAUUAGCUGUACACUACUGAAAGUGCCCUUCGGAGGAUCUUAAAGAGUAGAAAAUAAAUUCGGUCAGAGUAACAAACAGACUCAAGAGACCUCCCUCUGAGUUGGAAUGAUAAUGACAGACUCCCGGGAAAUUAUAGAUUUAGACCCUCCAGUUGAGCCUUCACAAGAGCAGGAGGAUCUUCUAAUAGUGAAGGUGGAAGAAGAAGACUGCACUUGGAUGCAGGAGUACAAUCCGCCAACGUUUGAGACUUUUUAUCAGCGCUUCAAGCAUUUCCAGUACCAUGAGGCAUCAGGACCCCGGGAGGCCCUGAGCCAGCUCCGGGUGCUCUGUUGUGAGUGGCUGAGGCCUGAGCUGCACACCAAGGAGCAGAUCCUGGAGCUGCUGGUGCUGGAACAGUUCCUGACCAUCCUGCCUGAAGAGUUCCAGGCCUGGGUGAGAGAACAUCACCCUGAAAGUGGAGAAGAGGCUGUGGCUGUGAUAGAAAGUAUACAGAGAGAACUUGAGGAACGAAGACAACAGAUUGUGGUAUAUCCUGAAGUGCUUCCUCAGAAGAUGGUACCGCGUGGAGCAGUGCAAGAGGCCUUUGGUCACCAGUUCCUGUCCAUGGACGCCCAGCCUGAACAAGAGCCACAGAAGCCUCAUGUUCUGGAGGAAAAUGCCCUUCUUGUUCUCCAAGCUCCUUCCCUUCCCCUGAAGGACGGCCAGGAGCUGACAGCUUCACUUCUCUCAGCUGGGUCCCAGAAGUUGGUGAAAAUCGAAGAUGUGGCUGAUGUGGCUGUGUCCUUCAUCCUGGAGGAAUGGGGACAUUUGGACCAGUCCCAGAAGUCUCUUUAUAGGGAUGACAGGAAGGAGAUUUAUGGGAGUAUUACUUCCCUGGAUUAUGAGCCCAAGGACAACAACAGGGAGCUUGUAGCCAAGCAGAUUUCUAAUGAAGCCAGUUCACCCAACUCACAUUGGGUGGCAGUAGGAAGCACCGAAAGAAAUAUUCCUCGGAGUCAAGAGAUUGCAGAAGUUAGUGACCUUAAGGGCAUGGUACAAAGGUGGCAGGUAAAUCCCACCAUGGGGAAACCGAGGCAAAAUCCUUCCCAAAAGAGAGAUCUUCGCACUAGUGCGGACAUGAACCGUAAGCAGAGCACAAAUGGUGAGAGAGGGCACAGAUGUAAUGACUGUGGGAAAUAUUUCCUUCAAGCCUCCAACUUUAUUCAGCAUCGGCGAAUCCACACUGGAGAAAAGCCAUUUCAGUGUGGUGAAUGUGGGAAGAGCUAUAAUCAGCGCGUGCACCUCACUCAGCACCAGAGAGUCCACACCGGUGAGAAGCCCUACAAGUGCCAGGUGUGUGGGAAAGCUUUCCGGGUGAGCUCCCACCUUGUGCAGCACCACAGUGUCCACAGCGGGGAGAGGCCUUACGGGUGCAACGAGUGCGGGAAGAGCUUUGGUCGCCACUCACACCUGAUUGAGCAUCUGAAACGGCACUUCCGGGAGAAGUCCCAGAUAUGCAGUGACAGAAGAAGUAGGAAGAAUGCAAAACUGAAUGUUAAGAACAAAAUUUCAGAAUUUUCAGAAGCAGACAUGGAAGUAUCAGAAAAAGUCCAAAGGAAUGCUUCUGAAGUUCAAGGUUUUGAAGAAGGCUAUGAACACCAAAGCAAGGCUGAGAGAAAGCAGGGACUUCCUAUGGAGAUACUAGGACAGCCUUCUUCAAAGAGGAUGAAUUAUAGUGAAGUCACUUACAUCCACAAAAAACCCUCCACAGGAGAGAGACCACAUAAAUGCAACGAAUGUGGAAAGAGCUUUAUUCAGAGUGCACAUCUUGUUCAACAUCAACGAAUUCACACGGGGGAGAAGCCAUUUCAGUGUGAUGAGUGCGGGAAAAGCUACAACCAACGUGUGCACCUCACUCAGCAUCAGCGAGUUCACACAGGUGAGAAACCCUACACCUGUCAUUUAUGUGGAAAAGCGUUUCGAGUGAGGUCUCAUCUUGUUCAGCACCAGAGUGUGCACAGUGGGGAGCGGCCCUUUAAGUGUAAUGAAUGUGGGAAAGGUUUUGGAAGGCGUUCACACCUUGCUGGACAUCUGCGACUCCACUCCCGUGAAAAGUCCCAUCAAUGUCAUGAAUGUGGAGAAAUCUUCUUUCAGUAUGUAAGCCUAAUCGAACAUCAGGUGCUCCAUGUGGGUCAGAAAAAUGAGAAAAAUGGCAUUUGUGAAGAAGCAUACAGUUGGAACUUGACUGUGAUUGAAGACAAAAAGAUUGAGUUACAAGAGCAGCCUUAUAAAUGUGACAUAUGUGGAAAAGCCUUUAAUUACAGUUCAGACCUCAUUCAACAUUAUAGAACUCACACUGCAGAGAAAACCCAUAAAUGUGAUAUAUGUAGAGGAAAUACUGGCCAGUGUUCCCACAUAAAACAUCAAAAAAUCUGUCCCAGUGCAAAGCCCCAUCAGUGUAAUGAAUGUGGAAGAGGCUUCACUCUGAAGUCACAUCUUAGUCAGCAUCAGAGAAUUCACACUGGUGAGAAACCUUUUCAGUGUAAAGAAUGUGGAAUGAGUUUCAGCUGGAGCUGUAGCCUCUUUAAGCAUCUGAGAAGCCAUGAGAGGACAGAUCCCAUAAACACCUUAAGCACAUAGAUGUUUCUAUUAAAAAACAGUACAAUGGUAGGGAAGCCUUCCUAAAGAGACCUUAUUCCUAUAAUGAGUGUAAUAACAAUAUGAUGCAUUUUUCUAACUUAACCAUUAAAUCUACAGAUAUAUUGAACUCUUUCAGUUAGAAUUCAGCCUAAAGGAACACUGGAGCAUCCACAAUGAGUAAAUACCUGUUUGCUUUCCCUUUUGAGAAGUGCUUUGGGUAGCAUCUUUAUGCUUAGAAAUCUAGGUAAAAAAGAGAACCCCUGGAUAUGCAGAUGAAGGAAAGCCUUCAGAUGACAUUCAUUCUUUAUUAGAAUUUCAGAAAAUUGAUUCUGAGGAAAGCUUUAUGAGCACAGUAGAAAUAACCUUUAUUUGUAGUGUCUUCCUUGUUUGACAGCAUAUUGAUUCAGGGAAGAGUGCAGUGAAAGAACUCUUAACGCAUGAUAUCUGUUUUGGUACGUGAGCAAUGAACUUUUCUAGAUAUGAUUAUCCCAACCACUAAAAUACUCCAAUCAUUGUUUCCAUCUUAAGUAUUAAACCCUUUGAAAAGAAAUUGACUUAGGUAUCUAUAUUUUGGCAAAAUUGGGGUUCAGGGGUUUGAUGAGAUGUGUUCCUUCUGCUGUAUUCAAUCUACAAAUUGUUUAUGAAGUACUCUAUCUCACUUUCAUAUUGAUUAUACCAGUGACAAGGUUAUCUAGUUAAAAGUUAAAUUUGUAAAUUUGUGAGAAACUGUAUUCUGAAUCACAUCUUAAGGUAUGUGAGAAGGACCUUAGGGAGAUAGAGAAGAAAGGCAAAACUGGUGGGUGGUUUAUAGUACACACAAAUCCAUAGAGUGAAUCGGACCAACCAUGAGAAUUUGUGUGUGUG